AUGAUGAAAAUGCCUACACCCAGUAUUGACAGUGUGAAAGUAGCAGUGCGAGUGCGGCCGUUUAGUCAGAGAGAGAAGAAUGCUGGGAGCAGAUGUGUGAUUUCCAUGCAUUCCAGGACUAGCACCACUAUACACGACCCUAAGCACCCAGAGCAUACGAAGACGUUCACUUUUGACCUGGCUUAUUGGUCUCACAGUGGAUUUCAAGUGGAUAAAGAUGGUGUGUUGACUUCAGCUGAUCCUAACAGUAAAUUUGCAGGCCAGAGAGAUGUUUUCCGGGACCUGGGCAGGGGAGUUCUGGACAGUGCGUGGCAAGGUUACAACGCCACCCUCCUGGCCUACGGCCAGACUGGCUCUGGAAAAAGCUAUUCCAUGAUCGGGUUCGGCGCAAACAAGGGCAUCAUUCCCAGUGUGUGUGAAGAGCUCUUCCAAGCAAUUGAGAGCCGGCAGAGAGAUCACGAAUACCAGGUUGCGUUCAGUAUGCUGGAAAUUUACAACGAGCAGGUAAGAGAUUUGCUGUCUAGAACCAAGGAGCCCGGAGGGCUGAGAGUAAGGGAGGAUCCCCAGCUGGGCUUCUACGUGGACGGCCUGACGUCCGUGCCGUGUGAGAGCUACGCCCAGAUUGAAAGGCUCAUGGAACAAGGCACGAAACUAAGGACCACAGCUUCCACCAACAUGAACGCCAGCAGCAGCAGGUCCCACAUGGUCAUCACCAUUCAGUUCAAGCAGGUUUUCCUGGACAGAGGCCUCACCAAGCAGGCCCACAUCAACCUGGUGGAUUUGGCGGGAAGCGAACGGCAGAAAUCCUCCGGAUCCGAAGGAGACAGGCUGCGGGAAGGGUCACGGGUUAACUUAAGUUUAACCAAUUUAGGAAAUGUGAUCAGCGCCCUGGCCGAGGCAGCCGCGGGGAAGAGGGUCCUGCACGUUCCCUACCGAGACUCCGUGCUGACCAAGCUGCUCCAGGCCGCUCUGGGCGGGAACAGCAGGACCGCGCUGAUAGCAGCCAUAAGUCCAGCUGACAUCUGCUAUGAGGAAACGUUAUCAACAUUAAGAUAUGCUGAAAGGGCUAAAAAGGUCCGGAACAGAGCUGUGGUCAACACCUCGACACUGAUGAGAGAGUCGAGGGCGGAGAACAGCAGGCUGCUGCUCGGAAGCGGAAACUCCAGAAUGGCAGCGCCGCCGGCCCCUUUGCACCAGCUGAGCUGGGCCCACCGGCUGGAGCGGGCUCGCGAAGACUGGCAGCUGCGCCACGCGGCCAUCGCCCAGGAGCAGCAGAUGCUGAAGACCCUCCCCCACCUCCUCAACGUCAAUGAGGACCCGCAGCUCACGGGGGUCCUCAAGUACUCCAUUCAGGCUGGUUCCUGUGAUGCUGGCCGGGCUGCUUCAAACGCCAUCCCUCUCCAAGGCCUGGGAAUUGCAGAUAAACACGCUUCCUUCACAAAUCUGGAUGGAAAAGUGACAGUCACUCCACACGGCAAAUGCAAGGUUGUUGUUAACGGGGUGCCCAUCACGACCAAGACGAAGCUGCAGCAUUUGGACCGGAUUAUUUUGGGAUCCAAUAGUGCCUACCUCUACAUCGGGUUUCCUUCAGAGCGAGGCAGUGAGGACUUAAGCCGGUUUGAUUAUGACUUUUUCCAGCUGGAGAGAGCAGCUGCCGAGGGAGUGAGCGUGGACAAGCUCGGCGCGGGGAGCGGUGGCGAUGGGCAAGCGGACCCCAGUGUCCUGGCUGUGUUCCAGGACUACAUCAAGCUGAUGCCCCUGGUCGCAGAAGCGAAUCAAAUGAGUGAAGAGCUGAGGAAGGGACUUAAAAUGGAAUUGAAAGUGAAGAAUUUAGCAUCGUCAGAUUCCAGGGGCUACGACCUACAGAAAGAGGUCAUGGUGAAGGUGACCAACCAAAGGACUCGCGAGGUGUGGAUUUGGUCGAAAGCCAAGUUUAUCAACAGGAAAUUCCUAAUGGAGGAACUUUACCAGCGCUUUCUAGAUGGAGAAGGCAGCCACGUGGCCCAGGAAGACGACCCUUUCUGGGACCCUGUUGAGGCCGUCCACCUGGGCUCGGCCCACAUCUGGCUCCAGCCGCUUGCCUACUGCAUGAUGCUGGAGGAGCAGGUGGAGUUUCUGAACUGCGACGGGCUGGAGGAGGCGGUGCUGCACGUCCACCUCACCCCCUGCUCCCCGGCAGGACAAGCACGUGGUGAGGAGGACGUCGUUAUUGACCCUUUGGAGCUGCUGGGCAAGAGGAUGGAUUUCCAGAUUCGCAUUGUGCGGUGCCUUGGCACCAAGUGGCUAAAGGAAGACGCAGGGCGGGGCAUUCAGAUGGGGUACAGAAUUUAUGAUCAUCCACACACUUUAUAUACGAAGCCUGUAUGGAAAAUUGUGAAUCCCCAAAUCGAAGAGUCUAUCCAAUUUACAGCCCUAAAUGCAUCUCAGGAGUUUCUGAAUUAUUUACAGACAAAUGCUCUCCUUGUUGACUUAUGGGGUCUUCAAGAGGGCUGUGCUGAACUGAGCUGCUCACAGCAGGACCCUGAGGGCCACAUCAUGGUGGACACCAAGAAAAUUUCUACUGUGAUGGAUAUAGGCCAGACUCCAUCAAACCAGAUAUCAGAACUUUAUCUGAAGCUGCUCAAGUUAGAACAGGAGACGGAACUGCUCAGAAACAUUAACAGAGCCCUCAGAGAGGAAAAUGUGUUUCUCAAAGAAUCACUUGAGAAAAUUGGUUCUAGUCAACAAGCACAUAAGCCACCUAAUACCUUGAGGAUAAAUGGGAUGACAGCACAACUGCCAGCAGCCAGAGAGAUGAACCGUGUGUGCACCCAGCAAGCCGGCUAUGACAGAGAAUUUGCUAAAGCUAUUAAGGUGUUCUACCAAAGCAUGAACAUGGCACGAGGGCAGUUUCUCAAAUUGAGACAUUGUAAGCCUCCUGAAGACGACCAAAUGCUUCGGCCGUUUGUACACCAACAGUCGCAAAUGUUGAAGGACUUUGGGGACCGACUUGAAUCCAGCUUGUGGAAACUGAAAAAUGAUGUAGCGCUGAUAGUGAAAUGGAAGAGAGAAUGUUUACUGCACAGCCAGUGGGGACACACUGAUGGAAAACACUGAGCUCUGAGUUGUGAAGAUGACCUGGGCAGCUAAGCAGCAUAAUGAAUGUGGCCAUCAGAGGUGAACUGUGGACUCAACACAUUCAAUCCACUUCCCAAUUAUUCAACCUAUUUCUUUUUACCACUUUUAAGUAAAGCUCUUCUCCUUCAUUUUGAUUGAAAAGUCAUGUAAAAAAGAAUCCGUAUCUAGGGUGAAGGUGAAGUGGGAGAUGCUCUGGGGUUGGACUCCCUAUGGUCAAGUCCUGCUUAAAUCCAUCUCUAAUAAAUUGUGUAGUUUGAGGCAAAUGACUUCACCUCUC